AUGGCAGAUCAACCCGCAUACCCCAUAAUCGACUCGCACAUCCACCUCUUCCCCUCUUCCGAGCUCGAUACCCUUGCUUGGAAUAAGCCAGAGGGUCCUCUCUAUAAGCAACACUCCCUCGCCGAAUAUGCCUCCGCGACAGGCGGGCCUAAGAACCUCGAGGGUUUCAUAUUCCUCGAAACAGACCGCAAACACGACCUCGAGACCGGACUCAAGGAUGGCAGCGGUUGGGAGAUGCCGCUUAUGGAAGUCGAGUGGCUGAAGAGGAUAGCGCUGGGCACACCAAAAGAGGGAGAGGGACAUAGUGAGGAUGAUAAGAAGUUGUGUUUGGCUAUUGUGCCCUGGGCGCCGCUCCCCAGUGGUGCUGAGGGGAUGCAGAGAUAUGUCAAGGAGGCUGCCAAACAUGCCGGGGAGGCGUUUAAGAAGGUCAAGGGAUUUAGAUAUUUGGUGCAGGAUAAGCCGAAAGGGGUUAUGCUGCAGGAUGGGUUUAUUGAGGGGUUGAAGUGGAUGGGCCAGAAGGGGUUUGUGUUCGACUUGGGGAUUGAUCAACAUAAUGGGGGGAAGUGGCAGUUGGAGGAGGCUUAUGAGAUGAUUGAGAAGGCACACGAGGGUGUUUCGGAGGAUAAUAAAGUGACUGUCGUUAUCAAUCACCUAUGCAAACCCGACCUCUCAGUCUACAACCAGAACGACCCCGCCUUUGUCGCUUGGAGGACCGCGAUGUUCAAACUCAGCAAAUGCAGCAAGACGUUUAUGAAGCUCAGCGGAUGCUUCUCGGAGAUGCCAGCAUCCCUCAAACAAGCACCAGUGCUGGAAAUAUUCGCCGCUCUUCAGCCAUACCUCGUUGUAAUCCUAGCUACAUUUGGGUCAUUCAGGAUCAUGUUUGGAUCAGACUGGCCUGUCUGCACAAUUGGCGUCGAUGAUGCAUGGAAGAAAUGGAGGCAGGUGGUGGAGAAAUUCUGCUAUUUGGCUAGUCUGAGCGAAGAGGACCAAAUUAUGAUUUGGAGCGGGACUGCUAUCAAGGCGUAUGGGAUUAAAGAGCUGAUGUGA